AUGCCGAAGCAAGUGCCAGUGGAGAACUUGGUGAUCCCGCCGCAAGACGGCCGGAUCUGCGGGACAAUUUGCAUCUGUCAGAUGACCGCUGUCCUAUCGUCCGUCGCUCUGGUCUAUCUAACAGUGGCAAUUUACAUGCCGAGCACCAGAGCCUUUCAAUCUGGCAUCAGCGAGGUGCCAGUUAUGUGCACGACAAUACGCGCCGUGAACGCGGACAAUUGUGAAUGGGGCAGCUGCGGAGAGUGGUGCCUCUCGAAAACAUCCGGCCCCUGUGUUCAGAUUCACGUGAACCUUCGUAGAAACGGCUCGGCGAUAUUACUAGCGAACUGUACAAACACGACGAAUAAGACUUGUUACGGUAUCGAUCAGGAGAACGCGAAGAAAUCGAAAUGCAUCGCGGACGAGUGUCGCAAUCUGACCGGUACGUUCAAUUGUUCGUCCGGCGUGUGCAUCAACAUAACAGACGCGUUCGAGUGUAUAUUCCACGAUACCGAUCCACCACUCAAGUGUUCCGGUAGACGUGGCAAGAUAACUUGUAUAGACAUUGACGGUUUGUUCAAUUGUAACCGCGGCACAUGCGAGCGUAUCAGAACCCCGUACAAUUGCGAUCGCAGAUGCGUCGACAUCCCGACGAGGAACAAGAAUAUGAUACUGCUUAGCGGUGACAAAGUUUAUCUCAGUCAAUGCGAGAGAGCUAUAGACGUUCAGAGUAAUCGCGAGAUAUGGCACGAGGAUCGUGGCGACGUCAUGAUGGCGUCUUGCUACGGAAUUUUCAACUCCACGCUGGGCGUCGAGGCUGUCGACUGCAUCAACGGUUCCGUUCUCGAGAAAGAUCUUCUCACCGAUCUGACCAACUUCACCUACUUGUCGUACCUCAAUAUAUUCGCGACGACACCAUUGGACGAGACCAGAAUGGUCGCGCCACCUGAACAAGACUUGAUCAUCGCCAACGAAAGCCGCUUGCUGAUCAAUCUCGAGGGUUGCGUUAACACGCUUCGCGAGGAGUGCAAGGAGUUUCUUCACGAGUACGGGAAAGACGGUUCUGAUCACAACGCUCGUGCCAGAUUCCCCUGUUACUACGCGGAGGGUAAUACCGGGAUAGUUGUGUCACGUUUCAACCUGGAGACCACGUACAAGGAGUUCCUGAUCGCGUUGCUGUUGCCCAGCAUUCUGUUCGUCGUCAGCUGCCUGACGUUGAUCUUUUGUCAGAGGACCGUGGUGGUCGGCGACGACGCGAAAAUGAGAUUCAAGGCCACGCUUGGUGCACUCUCGUCGAUAGAGAAGAGCGCUUCUGGUAACCUAGGGGAUGCUGGCGGAGGAAACUCUGCUAUGGCGCUCUGAGAUCCGUCACGCAUUCCCCUCCUGGAGGAGAGUCCGGCUCGUCAGUCGAUAUUCUCCCUGCGCGGGCAUUAUUAAGGUGUGGGGAGGGGGGGA